UUCCACAAAGCAUAUGAUGGUAUAUCAGUUCUAAGGAUAAUAACAUUUGAUAUAAUUAACAAAUUCUUCUAGCGUUCAAUAAUUUUGCAGGAGUUGCAAGUAUUUGUUUAAUUGGAGAAGUAUGAAAUAACUGAUUUAUGAGGAACAUUCAAAUAAUAUUUCUGCAGCUCGUUCAUUUUUCUCUUGGAUCGCAGCCUAAUUGUUUCAUCUUCAAGUUUCCACAAGGUGUCUGAGAAACUGAUUUAAUCGGAACUAGGUUUCUCGACGAAAAUUUACAUUUUAAUUUCUUUACUGGUAUUUCUGCCUGAUUUACGUAAAAUAGCAUCUUUUCAUUAAAUUACAAACAAAAUGAUUAUUAUUCAUCUCAAACAAUGAUUGAUCUAAGAUAUUUUCAAGAGUUAUAUGUUCAAGUUCUAAUUCAGGAAACGGCAUCGUAAAAUUCAAUUACAGGCAUAAAUAAAUAUAUGUUUGGAUAUUGUUUAAAAAUAAAAUGAAAAACUAAAAUGAACUAACACUAUAGAAAUUUUACCGGACUGUUUUACAUGACUGACGCAGCCAACAUUUAUAUGGCAAUAACAUUUCUCACACUGAAAGAACAGGAAGUUACAAGCAUUGGCAAUGUGUACCUAUUCUCUACAGUAUCGUACUAUGUAAUUUCUUACGAUAUUAUUUGAUGUGUAAACAUUGCAAUAUGAAACACACGUACGCUAUUGGCCUAUGGAGACAGAUCAUCCUGGGAGUAUUAUGUAGCAUUUAGGAUAUUUAAUAAAGCCUUUCCUACUAUUAUGGAGAAAUUAUUGGACUCUGGGAGCGACAGUUCUUUGAAUUAUUUAUUAGUUUCUUUUCUUUUUUGAUAGCUUCGGAGUGCCUAGAGGUUAUUGCUUUAGAGGACCGUACGUUUAAGAUCAUGAGCAUUAGUCCCAUGACAUUUUAGAUGUUCUAUAGAUAGCAGAAAUGUUACCAUCGGUACGAUAUAACAUUAAUAAUAUAAUUAUGGGUGAUUUUGAUUUGUUCUGUAUUCGUGUAGCUGUGGAUAUUGGAAUUUGACAGUUAGCUUUGUAUGUCUUUAGAGAGUUUGGAAUAGUUGGCUGCAGUGUGUUAAAAACUUUUGUUGGAGUUUGUUAGAAAUAGUCACAACAAACUCAUUUGAUAAAAUGAUAUGAAACUAUGAGUAUAAAUUUCGAAAAAGACUUUGAUUACUGAAAUCAUGUUGUAGUUUACUAAAGAAUGUUCCGCGUUAUACAAAGGAUAUUUAAGUACAUGGAGGAUAGGAAACCACAUUGGAAUCCACGAUUGGAUUAUUUAAGGUCUGCUUCUUAUAAAUCUUAUUAGUUUUUGCUGUCAAUCUGAGACAUACUACAGAAUAUGUCAGGCGUGACAUAAGCUGUGAAUGCUGGGAAAUGUUAGUGAUCACCUAUAACAAUAGUUUUGAGGACGUCAAUAGCGAAGAUGAAUUUGAUAAGAUAGAAAUCUUAUCAUCUCAAAUAGAAACAGCUGAUGAAUUUUUUCUUGCUCCUAUUGCAAGCUUAACUGAAAAGGAAGUUGACCUUUUAGACCGAAAGGAGAGGGAAAGAAAGCGUAUUGCACGUGCUGUAGCCCUAAUUUCCGGGAUAUUGUUUUUGGUCAGUGUUGCCUUGGUUACAGUAUCGCUCUACAUGGCUAAAGAUAUUGACGAAAUGGUUCGCAAUUCCAACGAAAUGCUUCGAAAACACAACGACAGAAUAUCAGGCAUGCAUGUCGACGGGAGUACUGGGGGAAAUAUGACGGGGUUAUGACAAGAAAAGGACCAAAUUUGAUCCUCCUAUUUGCGCUUCCUCUUGUUUGUUGAAAUUUACCGUUGACUUAAUGCACGGUUAUUUGACUGAACUUGCCAAAUAUAAGUGCAAAAUGAAAAUGUAAUAUGAAACAAAA